CUCUCAUUUUGAAGGCACCUCCCACACUCUAUAUACUGUCAUCUGCUGGGUUGCAGAGAGCCAAGGCCCUGCAGCACUCUCCUUUGUUCUCCGCUGUACUUGAUCUACUACAUCUGCCAAGAUGAUGCAAGGUAUGCUAAUAAAGAACAUGUCCUUCAAAGUCGGACAAACCCUGACUGUUCUUGGAGUCGCCAAACCUGAUGCAGGAAAUUUCCAAGUGAAUAUCGGCCCCAGCGAGGACACAAUUGCACUUCACAUCAACCCUCGUUUUAAUGCCCAUGGAGACACAAAUACAGUUGUCUGCAACUCAUUUGAGGGAGGAAACUGGUGUCAGGAGCAACGUGAGGAUUGCUUUCCUUUCUCCCAGGGAGAGGAGUUCAAGAUGGUCAUCGAAUUCACUCCUUCAGAGUUUGUGGUGACUUUACCAAAUGACUCAACAAUCCGUUUCCCCAAUCGCAUCGGUGCCGAGAAAUACUCGUUCCUGAGCUUUGAUGGGGAUGCUCGCAUAAGAAGCAUUGAGAUCAAGUAAAGCUCCGUCCUCCCUGGAAUUUCUGGAUUAAAGAUCCUGUUUUGUUGUUAGUUUAGCAGAAAGUAAUAAGUAGCUGUAGGUCUUCAGCUUCCUGAAUAUAUGCCAAUCUUGACUCUGAUCACAGAUUGUCAUAUCUUACAGGAAUUUAGUUUGUUGAGAACAGAUCCAAACAGCUAUGGGUGUAAAGAUGGAUAGAAAAGAUGGAUACUCAUAAUCUUUAGCUCUUUAGCACACGGAUUAGUGAACAUGCUUUUGUGGAAUCCUACUAUGAGCAGUUUUAAAGUAGUCCAAGUGAUUUGCUUUUUGCAGUUUUUUUGCUUUCAAGAAUCAUAAAUCAUAAAUGUGUGAUCAGGUUUUUCUUUAAGGUGCCUUAAAAUGCUUCACUAUUUGUUUUUCCAAGACAUUCCACUUUUUAAUUCUUACUUGCAACAACUUCAAUUAAAGUGUUUUGU